AUAGUCGUUCCGCAUGGUAUUGAUUCAUUACUACUUUAUUUCGAGUGUAAGGAACAUCUUGAUAUUAAAGUUUUACCAUAUCCGUCCGGAAGUUUUUACGGACGAGUAUAAUUUGCAUAAAUAACUAGUAACAAAUCUAAAAUCCACAAAUCAAGCACUGCGUAACUAUACCAGAUUUCUAACAGUGCAUGUCACGAUUUCCUUGUUUAAUCUGCCAUCAUUAUGCAAAUUAUUAAGUGGACUUCACCUCAAAUGAUAAUUGAUUGAUUGAUCAACAUAUUUCACUUGGUCGCCACCAACCAACCCGUGAACCUUGACUUUAAUUCUGACUAAAAAUAUACAAAAAUGAGUAAAAUUGCAAUUUUACGCUGUAUCAAACACCACCUUAAUCUUGGUGAUUAUUUUCUUACCACGUUCGUAACUUGGGACGAGAAACUGGGCAAAAUUAGGUUAAUCGGGAAGAAUAAAUCUAAAAUUGUUCAUGCCGGGACAAUUUUGCAAUUGGCCGUUAUCGCCGCCCGGAUCUGGUCGGUCGUUACCAAGGCGACCAGUCUAAUCGAGACUGUCAUCGGUAUCGCGAUAACGUCACUGACGACGAUCGCAUUUCUGUUACGAUUCGAAAUAUCGGCGGAUUAUUUACCAGUGCAAUUUCUGAAUUUCGUCUUUUCGACGAAAGACCUGGCCUACACUCCGAAGGAGAAGAUGUUUUUAACCUGCCUCCGCGUCUUUAUGGACCUAGUGGCUUUUGGAUGCUUUACAAUGGCUUCGAUCUACGGCCUCCUAUCUGUAUUGCUGCCCUGUCAACCUGGGUUGGUCAGCUCGCUAAUCUGUACUGAGGAAUUAGUCCUUGCAUUUUCCCCGGGGGUCCUCAUCCCCUUCGCGUUUCUGGAGUUUAUCGUCUACAUGCAGGUCGGCCUUGGUGGAAUGUACUACAUUUUGUCCGUGCUCUUAACCGGGGUGACAUUUCUGUGGAUCGAGUGUGGAACGUUUAUUCGGAACUUUGAAGCAGGGUUAACUCAUCAAAUUGAGUACAGGAAAGUGCAAAUGUUCGAAAAGAUCUUGAAUGCUUGUACGCGAAACAGCAUUUUUUUGAAGACGGCACUCCUCACUCCGUCGUUGCAACUUUUCUAAUCGUUCGCGGUCAUCACGAUGUACCGGUCGAAUCAGGUCGAUGCCCCCAUAACGGCUAUGUUCUUGCUGGUGUAUCUUUUAAACUUGGCGUUUACCCUGCAGACUUUUUCUGCUGCGGCGAAGGUGAACACGACGAGCCAAGAGUAGAUCGAUUCGUGCAAAGGGAAGAAUACGAAGAAAUGUGAGAAAAAGAUUCACAAAUCUUUGGCCCCGCUGAGGUUAAUGUUUGGUAACAACUUUGUCGAAGUGUUGACACCGUUGGUAGUACAGGAAUUCUGUGUGAGACAAAUGAUGUGGUUUGUGGUAAUAAUGAGAAAGUAAACUAUGAAAAAAUCGAAUGUGGAGCUGAUUCUUAAGACAAUGAAUGAUCCGCGAGCAUAUUCAAUAAUUCUGUUAAUGGAAACGCAAUGCAUGAAAUAAUUACGCAUCUUUGUUCGCAACCGUAGAAAUAGUAAAUGUUUAAAAUGUCAACUUCAAAAGUGGUAGGUACACUACCAAAUUUAAUAAAAAUUAAUUUAAACGUACUGAUUAACUAAGUUAAACAAUUCAGAAAUA